AAAGCACUAAAUGCAGAAUUAUGCUAAAUUUAUGUAUGUUUUACAUAUAGGCUAAAAUGUUUCCAGUGAAAUCAAACCUCAGAGGACUUUGCAGCACUUAUGCCACAGCAGGCCUCCUGAGUCAUGUUAGAUACCAUAAAAACACUAGCACACACUGGUGACUCCACAGUCUCACUGAAUCAGAACACAAAUAGAGCUCAUUACCUGAAGAUGCAAUGAUGGUCAUUUCAGAGUAUAUAACAGAGAGUAUUUCUAAAAAAAAAAAAAAAAAAAUCUUAGACUGGUUAGCACAGUAAUAAAUCAACAUUCAUUUAAUUUGAUAAUUGUUAUAUUACUAAUCUAACUUAAGACUUUAAAUUUAAGGUCACAUUAAAUGGUCAAUGAAAGUAUUUCUUGUGAAAGGAAAAUGGAGAAUGGAACAUACUUUUACUUCAUGUUGUUUGAAAAUCUUGGGAGCAUAAAAUAUGCUUUUUUCACAUUGGGGUUUAUUUUUUACUGUGCUGUCAUAUGCUUUAAUGUCAUUAUUAUUCUUGUAAUAUUUCUGGAAAAGACAUUGCACCAGCCCAUGUACAUUCUGAUUUCAUGCUUGUCCAUCAACUCUGUAUAUGGUACAGCUGGCUUUUUCCCAAGGUUACUGACAGACCUGCUCUAUGAUACACACAAAAUCUCCUUUGAAGCAUGUAUCAUACAGACUUUUGUCAUUUACUCAUAUGCAUCUUUUGAGCUUACAAUAUUAAUGCUAAUGGCAUUUGAUAGGUUUGUUGCAAUCAGCAAACCUUUGCAUUACAACAACAUAAUUACCACACGGUUACUAGCUUUUCUAAUAGUUAUAGCAUGGCUUUAUCCAAUCACUUUUGUUGGUAUUGGUUGUCUUUUGACUGGCAGGCUGACAAUCUGUGGUAACAAAAUGUUAAGGGUGUACUGCCACAACUAUGAAAUUGUCAAACUCUCAUGUGUAAACAAUACAGUUAAUAAUAUUUAUGGCCUGAUUGUAUUGAUCACUACCAUUUUUAUCCCUUUGAGUUUUAUAAUAUAUACCUAUGUCAGAAUUAUUAUUAUUUGUCAAAGAAGCACACGAGAGUUCAGGAGCAAAGCAUAUCAAACUUGUAUUCCACACAUAGUGAUCCUUUUAAAUUUCUCAGUUGCUGUUUUGUGUGAGCUCACUUUGAGUCGAUUUGUGAAUGGGGAACUUCCUAUAGCGCUGACUGUUGUCAUUUCACUUGAAUUUAUUGUUGUACCACCCAUUGUAAACCCUAUUGUUUAUGGUCUAAACUUUCCUGAUAUCCGCAAAAAAAUCAGACAUCUUAUAAAAGCCUCCAAAUAA